AUGGGCGAAUCGGACGUGCUAGCAGCGAUCCAGGAAGGCCGCUUGUCGCUGGCCAAGCUAGAGUUGGAGCGUCUUCUCAAGCGAUUUCCUAAUAAAUCGUACUUCUGGGCGUUGAACUGCUACCUUCUCUAUGCCCAAGGCAAGGUUGCACAGUCGAUCGCCCAAAGCAAAGAGCUAGCGCUGAAGACACCAAGUGAUAGACAAGCGUUAUCCGUGCUCUAUGACUUGUAUUUGAAGUUGGGCUUGGCGAAAGAGGCGAACCAAUUGUAUGAUAACGCCGUCAAGAAAUACCCUACGAAAGAAUUGAUCGAGGCCUACUUCGAGAAAGCAUUGGGUAACUACGAUACCGCCGGCGUUCAGAAAGCGUCCAUGCAGUUGCUGAAGAACUUCAAGCUGAAUAGAGAUUUUGGAUACAGAGCGGCAUUUGCAUGUUAUCUUCUCAGUGGUCGAGGAACCGAGAAGGAAAAGGCCCUUUACCUUGGUUUGGCAACCGGCAUGGCCGAUAAGUUGGCUCCACACGAGACCAACCAGGAAGUUUUCGUCCAAGCCAAAAUCUUGCAUGUUCAAGAAAAGUUCGAGGAGGUUGUGAAGCUCCUCCAGCCAUUGAAGCACAGGGAAUUAGAGCUUGUUCUCUUGUACCUUGACUCCCUCGAGAAGUCUGCUAACUGGGAGCAGCUCUACCUGGAGGCCUAUGAUCUAUUGUUCAAGCAAAACUUCAAUGACUACACUACCUGGAAGUACUUGAUCAAUUCUGCCCACAAACUAGACAAACCGCACGAUGAACUCGCCAGCCUCAUUCAGCUUGACAGCAGAAACUCUUAUUUUGCCAACGUUUACUUGGCAACUACAUACGGUCUUGACCAGGAACUGGCCAUUGAUGCAUUCUACAAAAAGUUUCAUGCCAAACCUUCAGGUGCAUCUGAUCUCCUCACCUUCGAGCUUCCUGAAAGCACAAUACAAACCGUCACAGCUGACUACGAGGAUCUCUCGACCAAGUCGUCGCUCACAUCAAAUGAAGCAACUGCCCUUCUGAAUGCAUCUAAAAUCUUGCUUCAUUUAAAAAAGAUCGAUCUUGAGAACGAACAGUUCUCGAAAUUUGAGAACCCAGAGUUGAUCGACUUGCAAUUGGUGAAGAUGAUUGAAUCUUUGCGUGCCGAUCCCUCCACUAAUAACAUCGUCAAGCAUAUCAUAACACUUGAGAACUACAGCGCUAAAGAUGCGGAGAACUACAAAGUCAAGGUAUGGCUUCUCAAUCUUUACACCGCAAUUAAUGCUGCACCUGCUGCACUCAAAGUACACAAGAGCCUAAAGAUCAAGAUGAUUCAACAUGAUACACUCUCUUAUAAGCUCGAUUUGCUACCCUCCAUGGGGAACCUAGGGGAGCUCAUCAACAUCUACAGGUUCUACAUGACUGCAGACUCCGAAGUUGGCCCUUUUGUUCAUAAGUGUUUCCAGGACAACUUGUAUACAAAAGCUGAGGACUCUUACGAUUUCGGCAAGCGUCUCAAGAACUCAUUACUGAGACACUUGUUGAUACUUCGAAUUCUCAAGACAUCUCGCAUGGUUGGCAAUGACUACUACAACUACUUCUACAGACAGAUGAGGGAUUCAAAGGCUAUUAUUCUCAGCGAUGAUUUUGUCUUGAAGGAUAACAGAGACUUCAAAUCGGAGUACAAUUUAGGCGUCGAUCUUCCUCAGCUCGAUCUUUUUAAUUAUGAAAAGCAGAAGGCUACCGAAUAUGUGAAGUUGAACUACCUCAAGGAGAUGCUUAUUGCCGAGAAGGAUGAAGCCGAGUGUGAAAAACUCAUCAAGCUCUACAACAAGUGGACUAGCAAUGCAACGUAUCUUUCACAACUCAGUGACUUUGAGAAACAUCUUGUCAAGCUUUAUAUCACAAUUUUCAAGUUGUCAAAGUUGAACGAUGUGAAAGACAAGGAGCUGCUUACAAAGUUCCUUGUGAAGAAUCUUGACAUGAAGAAGAUCAACAACAGCUACAUUCAAAAAGUCCCCGAGAUUUCUGUGGAGCGUCAUCGUAUACUAUUGGACACAUUUGAGCUUAUUAAGAUCACCCAGAUAUUGGUGCGCGAUAAGGCUAUCUCUAAAGCUGCUGGGGAAAUGCAAGUUGAAAUGGUCAAGAUUGUGAGCAAUGCACCCCAGUUACUGACUGAUAUAACACUGAGCUUGCAACUUGACCAGGAGUUUGUGAGCGACCAGUUUGAGUCUAUCAAGGACGCACUCAAGCUCUCUACCUUGAAACUUUAG